UCUAGGGAGACGAACUCACUGCUCUCACUCAGUCACUUGAAACAUUUGUUAUGGCUGUGGCUGCGCAAGUGGGAGCGGCAACAUAUCUGAACGUAUGGCGAAACCUGGCUUUGAACCCUCCUCCGAGCCUUUUCAAACCCUCCGCAAAUCCCAAUCCCAACCGCUUAACCCUCCACAUUUGUCGGUGUUCUCUGGUGAAUGAGCAGCAAGCUUCCUUCACAGAGCAAGAAAAGCGGCUCAUCGACGCCCUCAUUGGAAUCCAAGGCCGAGGACGAUCGGCUUCUUCUAACCAGCUCAAUGAUGCGGAGCGUGCAGUUCAAGUUCUAGAAGGCCAAGAAGGCAUGCCAGACCCCACAAGCUCUGAUCUAAUUGAAGGUCGGUGGCAAUUGAUGUUUACGACUAGACCUGGCACAGCAUCUCCAAUUCAGAGAACAUUUGUCGGGGUCGAAUUUUUUAGCGUAUUUCAAGAGGUCUAUCUUCGGACAAAUGAUCCACGUGUUUCCAAUAUCGUAAAAUUUUCUGACUCAAUAGGUGAGCUAAAAGUAGAGGCAGCAGCAUCAAUCAAAGAUGGAACACGAAUCAUCUUCCAGUUUGACAGAGCAGCCUUUUCAUUUAAAUUUUUACCAUUUAAGGUACCAUAUCCAGUCCCAUUUAGACUUCUUGGAGAUGAAGCAAAGGGCUGGUUAGACACUACAUAUCUGUCUCGUUCUGGAAAUCUACGCAUCUCAAGAGGAAAUAAGGGCACUACAUUUGUGCUUCAAAAGAAGACUGAUCCUAGGCAAAAGUUGCUAGCAGCCAUUUCCACAGGAACGGAAGUUAGAGAGGCAAUUGAUGAGUUUAUCUCCUUAAGCAAGAGUGUAUCUAAAGAUGAACCAGUACUCUUAGAAGGAGAAUGGCAGAUGAUAUGGAGCUCACAGUUGGAGACAGACAGUUGGAUAGAAAAUGCUGGCAAUGGUCUUAUGGGCAGUCAGAUUGUCAAGAAUGGACAGAUGAAGUUUUCAGUGAACAUCUUACCUGGGGUCAGGUUCUCCAUGAUUGGCAAGUUUGUCAAAUCUGGCACAAAGACUUACAAUGUUACCAUGGAUGACGCAGCCCUUAUUGGUGGUCCAUUUGGAUACCCUUUAGAAAUGGAAACCAAGAUCAAUCUGGAGCUCCUAUACAGUGAUGACAAGAUCAGGAUUUCCAGGGGCUACAAUAAUAUUUUAUUUGUUCACCUACGAAAAGAUGGGUCAAAAUAGAUGAAAACCACAGGAUCAGGAGAUUUAACUUGAAUACUUUAUACAACAAUGUAUAUAAUGGAGUGUUUCAUUUCAAUUUUGUUUUUCUUUUUAAAGUUAUUGAGCAUAUAAUGUUAAGGUGACCACACCCUAUUUCAGGGAAAUAUGUAGGCCACAUAAGCAUAUUAUUUGAGAAAAUCUGAAGGAGCAAUUUAUAUAUCUGAAAAUCGGCUAGUAAUUCUGUUUUA